GCAGUAUCGCAUUUACAAAAUUUAUUUCUCUGUAAAAUCCACAACCCCUACCUUAACCCCGGAAAAUUAAAAUUCGGGGGUUUAUUUCCAUGAAACCUCAAAAUCCUAGAAUUUUCCCUCACUUUCCCGAGAAAAUCUUAACCCUUCCGCAUUCACCUCAUUUAUCAUCAUCUCUUUUAUCUCAAAGAAUUUCAAUUGCCUCUUAAAUCCUCGAACUUAGGGUUUGUGUUUUGAGAAUCGUAGAUUUUCGAUCAUUGUUUUUUUUUGGAGGCGAUUUUAUUGCCGGAGAAUUUAAUUAGGGUUUUUGAUUUUUUGAUUGAUUGAAAGAGAUGGGAAGCGUGGAUAAAAAAUUUAGGGUAAAUUUUAGUGAAGAUGGGGCCGCUUUGUUGAGAGAUAGAGUUAGCGAGAAGCUUAAGGAGUUCAUGGGCGAUUACACUGACGAUGUUCUUGUGGAAUAUGUGAUUGUCUUGCUGAGAAAUGGCAGGGAUAAGGAAGAAGCAAGAAAUGAAUUGAAUGUUUUUUUGGGGGAUGACAGUGAUUCUUUUGUAUCUUGGCUAUGGGAUCACCUGACUACAAAUCUGGAUAUGUAUGUACAACCUCCGGAGACUCGCACAGAUGAAGUGGCCAGAACAAAUCCCACACUGAUAGAGCAGACUGGGGGUAACGAAUCUCAUCAAUUGGAUUCAGAACCCGAAAAUGUGAAGCCUGAUAAUUCAAGUAGAGGCAGGCAUAAAAGAGAAUGGAAAGGUGUAGUGAGAGACGUGAACCAGCCGCCUCCUCUUCGAAGCUCUGUGGUCGAUAACAUUCACCUAGAGGAAAAAACUCAUGGAAAAGCCAGUCGUGCAAGAAGAUCUCCAUCUCCCCAACCCCCACAAGAGCAGAAAAGGAGUCGGCAUGAUGAGCAACAACAUGUGAAGCAGAGGGAUGCAGUUUCUCAAGCAACCAGUGGUGCUCCUCGACGACUGCUUCAGUUUGCAGUGAGAGAUGCUGUCAGAACUUUGAGACCAUCUGGCAGGGUAAAAGAGCCCUCACGGAAGCGUCUUCGCUCAGUGGUGUCUGCAUCCACUGAAGACACAUCAUUGGUUGAUCGUCCUAGGAGGCUUCAGUCAAUCGCAAGAGUUCCAAAUCCCAUGGCUACUGUACUAAAAGCUGUGCGAGAAGCUGCUGAAGAUGUAGUAAAAGUUAAAUCUUCAGGAAGUGUGUUUGACCGGCUUGGUCGUGACAUGGAUGCAUCAUUGAUCACUGAACAAGUUGCAGAAUUUAGAGAUCAUGCUGUUGAAGAUGAUGAAUAUGAAGAUUUUAAUGAAAUUCAGGAACAAACCCACUCAAACUAUCCUCAAAGAAGCAAGUACUGCGGACAUGCAGGGACUACGAAUAUGACAGGGCAUGAAGCUAGAUUGACUACUGGUUUGAUGUCUGAUUAUGAAGGUUAUGAUGAUUCCAGCCCUGUGGGUCAUAGGGUUAUGGAUGUUUCUCAAACUGGCACAUAUUUGGGAAGUAAGGGUAAGGAUUCACUCAUGUCAAACUACAAUGUAGCUAAGGAUCAGGAUCAAUCCGUUUCAGCUGCAAACACUUCUCGUAAGAUAGUGAACAUUUCUGUGAAUGUAAAUACCUGGAGACCACCUCAUUAUCAAGAAUCGAGGGAUACUGUAAUGGAUAAUCUGAAAUCAGUUCAGGAUAACGAGGCAGAUGCUGGGAGCUUUGGUGCUCAGCUAAUGAAGGAAAUUAGCAACCCUGUCUCAGUUAGUAAUGGAAAUGUAAAACCUGCUGGUGAUAUUCAGCAAGAACCUCAGAAGCCUCCAUCAUCUGCAUCUGGUCAGUUCUCAUGUUCAUAUACUGCAGGUCGUCCCUUAGAGGAUGCUGAUUCUCGAACCAUUUUUGUUAGCAAUGUUCAUUUUGCUGCGACAAAGGACAGUCUGUCACGGCAUUUUAAUAAGUUUGGUGAAGUGCUUAAAGUGGUUAUAGUCACUGAUGCAGCAACAGGGCAACCAACAGGGUCAGCUUAUGUGGAAUUUAUGCGGAAAGAGGCAGCUGACAAUGCGUUAUCUCUUGAUGGCACCUCUUUCAUGUCACGGAUUGUCAAGGUCAUGAAGAGAAGCUCUUCCAACCAAGAAGCUAGUCCUGUUAUGACAUGGCCUCGCAUUGCCCGUGGCUCCUCAUAUGCUGCUGGUAGGUUUGCUAGAACACCUUUUCCAAGAGGCACUCCUAUAUUUAGGCCUCGACUCUAUGUGAAACCUGGUGCAAGAAGUUUGCAGUGGAAGCGAGAUGCUCAGGGCAGUCCGGCUGAGAGUAGUGCUGCAUUCUCUGGCAGCAGUGUUGUCUCCCCCUCUGCCCGCAGUCUCACCUACGUCCGAACAGAACCAAAACCAGAUGGGAAUUCGGGUACCACUUAAGUUUGAUAACUCAUGCUUUCUUUUCCCAAACAUCCAGAUUAUGAUCAAAACAAAUUACAUUGAAAUGCCUGAAUCAUGACUGCGGCAAAAUUUUUGGUUCUUGGAAAGAGAUGGAUCCACAGAUUCUCUUGUCCUCAGAUUAUGAUGUUUCUGUGCUUGGGUGGCAUUUACUACAAUAGGCGGAUAUCUAAAGUGUAGUGACUAGGGAGGGUUUCUUUUAGCAAAUAUUUUGGGGUUGUUUUGGAGGGUUUUUUUUUUUGGAGUUUGCUGGAUCUGAAUGGGAAAAUACCAGGGACUCCCGCAAAGUUGUUCCACCCCGAGUUAUAUAUACCAUCAUAUUGAAAUUUGUGAACAGGAUGGAUGGAUAGAUGAUGCCUUUAUUUUGUGGGA